ACAUCUCCCACUAUUCAUAGAAUACACCCAGUGUGGAAGUAUAUAAUUCUCACUGAAAAGUGUAAGAUUGCGGCUCAUUUGUGGUUUGUUUUUUUUGUUGUAUGUACUAAAAAAGUACAGUAUAUUUGCAUUUUUAUUCAUUUUAGAUGGUUUCAUCCAAAUAUCAGUGGACAAGAAGCAGAGACUUUACUUCUGACCAAUGGAGGACACGGGAGUUUCCUGGCACGUCCCAGCAAGAGCAAUCCUGGGGACUUCACACUUUCUGUUCGGAGACACAAUGAAGUCACGCACAUCAAAAUCCAGAACACUGGGGAUUAUUAUGACCUCUAUGGAGGAGAGACAUUUGCUACACUGGCGGAACUGGUGCAGUAUUACACAGAGCAGCAAGGGCUUUUGAGUGAGAAGAAUGGAGAUGUCAUAGCGCUCAAGUACCCUCUGAACUCCCAGGAUCCCACAUCAGAGAGAUGGUAUCAUGGGCAUCUGUCUGGAAAAGAAGCAGAGAAGCUUCUACUGGAAAAGGGAAAGCCCGGUAGUUUCCUUGUGAGAGAGAGUCAGAGCAAACUCGGGGACUUUGUGCUCUCCGUCCUAACAAGUGAAGAGAAGCUGGAGAAUGGAGAGAGGAAAUCCCGUGUCACACAUGUAAUGAUCCGAUUCCAGCCAGAUGGAAAAUAUGACGUAGGCGGAGGGGAACGCUUUGAUACAGACCUUCUGGAGCAUUACAAGAAAAAUCCAAUGGUAGAAAAGUCUGGAGCUGUUGUGCACCUUAAACAGCCAUUCAAUGCUACUCGGAUCAAUGCAGCCAAUAUUGAAACCCGCGUACGGGAGCUAAACAAAACUGCGGACAACACAGAGAAGGCCAAGCAGGGAUUCUGGGAGGAGUUUGAGAUGCUGCAGCAGCAGGAGUGCAAACUGCUUUAUCCCAGAAAGGAGGGACAGCGACCUGAGAACAAAAGCAAAAAUAGAUACAAGAACAUCCUCCCCUUUGACACCACGAGAGUGACUUUGCGAGACACUGAUGAGAGCAUAGCAGGAUCAGACUACAUCAAUGCCAAUUAUAUCAAGAAUAACCUAGAUGAUGUGCGGGGGUGGCAACAUUGCAAAGUAUAUAUUGCUACGCAGGGCUGCCUGCAGAACACUGUGUGCGACUUCUGGGCCAUGGUUUACCAAGAAAACACUCAUGUCAUUGUUAUGACUACCAAGGAGGUGGAGCGUUCCAGGAAAAAAUGUUUUCGCUACUGUCCAGAUGAGCAUUGUACCAAUGACUUUGGCUGCAUCCAAGUGCAGAGUCUAGAAGAGCACCAUAAAAAGGACUAUAUCUUAAGGGAGCUGCAUAUAAGUCGCCUGGAUAAGAUGGAGUCACCACGUCCUAUUUGGCACUACCAGUACCUAAGCUGGCCAGACCAUGGGGUACCGAUUGAGCCUGGUGGAGUGCUCAGCUUUCUAGAGGAAAUUAAUGCAGCCCAGAAAUAUAUUCCACAUUCUGGGCCAAUAGUGGUGCACUGCAGUGCAGGUAUUGGGCGCACGGGAACAAUAAUAGUAAUAGAUAUGCUGCUGGAUAUUAUUAAUACACAAGGACGUUAGGUUUGGUCUCCAUUUUCUGGCCACAGCUGUUUGGAGUUGCCCCCCAGUUCUGCGGCUUAACCCUGCCCAGCCCCCUGUGCCGGAUCCAGCAGAGGAGGCACAAGAACGUGAGGAGCGAAUGUGCAAAGAGGGAGAGCACACCUACAGUAACUUAUUAUGGAAGAACAAUCUUUUCUUUGUUGCCUCAGUGUUUUGGCAAAGUAUUUAUUUUAAGUGCCUCGGAGAGUCCACUGACUUUUCAGUCUUUUUAUUUGUAUUGUUUUACUCUUUGUUUUGUAGAAAUGGAUAAUAAAAAACUUUGUCUG